AGCGCCCGUGCGCAGCAACGCUCCUCCCGGGGCUUCUCUGUCUCCUCUUCGCGCGCGUUCGCGGGGACGUUCCAAGCCCUCCUCCGAGGGAGGCGGCGCUGGGCUCGCGCUCUCUCCCCUCCCUGGCGGUCGUUCCAUUGAAGGAAUGCUCUUUCUCGCCGUGCGCUUGAAACGCGGCUUCACAAAAGGACUGACAUCAUCCGCAGAGCCGCCUCGGAGCUGAAAGGGUGGGAGAAAAAGGAAGAAAGGAUCAGCUUUCCCGAAAGAAAACGUGCGCUGUGUUGGGAACUCCUCUCAUCUAGGUGGCUGCGGGCAGAGAGGGGGGGCUGGAUCGCUAGCGCCAACGGGCCAGCUCGCCGAUCUUACUCGGAUUGCUCUUCUCUCUUGGAAAUCGAUGGGACCCUGAGGCGGAGGCAAGUGAAAUGCUCCCGGUCCAAGCAGGUUGUUUCGUGGGCUGUCGGCUGCUCCUUCCUGCUGGGGUUUUAUGAACCUUGGUUAAGUUGGUUGCUGCACUUCGGAGUGGUUUCUGUGCAGAUCGUCACAAAUCUUUGGAGUGAUCCCUUUAUUAACUCUUUUUUUUUAAUGGGAAGGAUUUUUUAAGGCAUGGAAAGGAGAACGCCUCUUACAGAUAUGUGUGGAUUUCGUGUUCUUCCUUAUCUUGCCCUCCCUGAAGAAUUGUAGUGUUUUUUUCUCUCUCUUUAUAAAAGAAAACCCUCCAAAAUGUUACAAUAAAUUCGAGACCUUGAAGGAGAAAAAAAAUAUUUCUUGUGGGGGAAGAAACACCCAGGGUUUUUUAAAAAAAAACAAACAAAAGAGUGUUUGUAUAAAAAUGGCAAAGAGUUCAGUGGAGGGAUCAAAGGAGGACUUGACCAAAAUGACAGAAGAAGACAUGUUGCGGUGGAGCAAGGAAGACUUGGUGAAAAGGUUGAAGAAAGUGGAGAACGAGAAGAUGAACUUGAUGGUGGAGCACGGCAACUUGAUGAAGGACGUCAACAGGAGGCUGCAGGUCCACUUACAUGAGAUCAGGGGCCUGAAAGAGGUGAACCAGAAGCUGCAGGAUGAUAACCACGAACUGAGGGAACUCUGCUGCUUCUUGGAUGAUGACCGGCAGAAAGGCAAAAAGCUGUCUAGGGAAUGGCAGAGGUUUGGGAGACACACCGCCGGUGUGAUGUGGAAGGAAGUGGGGAUGUACCAACAGAAGCUGAAAGAACUGGAGGCCAAGCAGGAAACCCUCAUGAGGGAGAACGUGGAGCUGAAGGAGAUCGUCUUGAUGUUGGACGAAGAGAGGAACGGGGCAGGGUCCAGGAGCUCCAUAGACAGCCAGGCCAGUCUCACCAACCUGAAUGGGGGUUCCGGAACCCGGGAUGUCGGAGAUGGGAGUAGUACCUCCAGCACUGGCAGUGCAGGGAGCCCCGACCAUCACCACCACCACCUUCACCAUCACAAACCUGUUGAGAACAAGGGUGGAGCUAUCAGGAGGUCUAUGGAUGACCUCUCUGCACCCCUUCAUCACAGGAGCAUCCCCAAUGGACUCAAUGAUUCAUCUUCCAACUACAUCAGGCAACUGGAAACUAAAGUCAAACUGCUGGAGGACGAUAAUAAACUUCUUUCUCAGCUGGCUGGUCACAACAAUUCACCAAGAAAAUUCAUUAAGCAAUCAAGCUCUGGGGAUCUGAGAACUCUCAGGAAAGGAUUGUCCCCAUACCACUCUGAGUCACAGCUGUCAUCACUGCCGCAAUAUCAGGACCCCAUGCAAAAUGGCCCAGCUCGCAUCACUGCUGAUCUCACGUCUUCUCCUGCAGUGGGAUAUGUUCCCCUGAGUCAGAAACCUGAAGCAGUGGUUCAUGCUAUGAAGGUCCUUGAAGUCCAUGAGAAUUUGGACAGGCAGAUGCAAGAAAACUAUGAAGAAGACCUGAGUGAAAAGGAGAAAGCAAUUGUUCGUGAAAUGUGCAAUGUUGUCUGGCGGAAACUGGGCGAUGCAGCAAGCUCCAAACCAUCCAUCAGGCAGCAUCUUUCGGGAAAUCAGUUCAAGGGUCCUUUAUAAAAAUCUCCAUCUGCACUGCUGGGAAUGAAAAAGAACAAGAACAGAGACUGCUCUUCUUCUAGCUGCCCGGGUUAUAUAUAUUUUCUGUCCUGUACUGUUUAUAUUGUAAAUAAGGCAGCUAAAGGCCUAGCCUGGAGGCUGUGCUGAUCCCGAACAAUGUUAAAUGGAUUAAUAUCUAUCCUCUAAUGGCCAACGUGUCAUUUGUAUCGUAGUGAAAAAACCUGCUUUGUUGUACGGUCAUAUGUAGAAGCAACUAAACCCAAGUGAAUUUCUAGGAGGAAGAAACAAGGAACCUGUGGCAGAGUUACACUUUCUUACUUUGGCCUGUUAGACCACAUUGCAGUCCAGCGACUCUCUCAUUUUGGAAACGAUCAACAAAACGAAACAUGGAAAGUAGCCAGUUCUUUAACGGCUGAUUCCCUGUUGAGAGUCUGCCUGAAAUCUUUGUCUGACGUUUAUGAUCCAUCAAAUUGAACUUUAGCGCUGUAGCCUCAAACUACAGCCUGUCAAGGCCAGAGCUCAGUGAACAUCCUGUUUUUACUUACUGUCUGAGACUGCCAAAAAAAACCCCCCAAAACCUAACAACCGAAAAGCAAAGAGAUGGUCCAGUCGAUUGGUGUGCCAUCUUCAGCUGGAUGGCUUGCAAGUUAAAAAAGUCUGAGUGAUAUUCAUGAAUCUGGGAUGGCUGUUUUAGAUGCAUUAGGGCAUCUGCUUGUGUAGAAAACCCCCAACAUGCAUUGCCAGCCUGUUUUCGUGCAGUUAAAAUGCUGCAGCUUUCAAGUAUGUAUGAUCACAGAAAAAUACUCCUUUACACAACUUCCACUCAUAACUGGACAGUGGAACUUGUACAAAGAACGGGCCAGUUCCUACGCCUCUUAAAGUUGUGUAAUAAAAGGAAGUAUUUCCAGGUAUAGCUACGAUUCCCUUCUCCUCUAGUCAAAAUUAGCUUUUCUAUACUAUUAACAUUACUGCUUAGGGUGCCAGAAACUUGUCUUCCUUUAAAUGACUCUACAGCUUAAAUACAUCUUUUGCUUUGUUUUUUAAAAUGCAGAAGUUAAAUCCUGGUUUAGAAAAAAAAUGGGAUGUGUGGAAUGGUCCUUCGGUGUUCUUUACUGACCCACUCUUGUAAUAUUCAGUCCUUUCUAUUUCAGCAUGACAUGAAGAAUUGGCACCCACAGAACUCUCAUUAAUCAUGUUUUCACUGAAACAAUACACAAAGUAUGUAAGCAGAGGGGAUAACCAUCUGAGCACCACAGAGGAAAGACUAUAGCCAGAAAUGCCGCUGCUGUUCAAAUGUUUUUUUUUCCCCUUUCAGGUGUGGUAUAUAAAAUAUUGGUGGGCUGAUACUGUGUUACUGUGGAGCAAUUAUUUUGUACCACUCCCUCCACAACUUCCCCAGUCUUGUCCAGUCACCAAAUAUAAGCUUCCCUUAAAUUGUCAACAGUAACACACGAACCAUCUGCUAAAUCCCACUUAUGUAAAAUAAUUUUUUACAAGACGAGUCUGCAGGCUUCGUGCUCCCUCUCUGGAAAUUUACAUCAGUUUUUGUAAUUAGUUCAAAGCUCCAACUGCUCCAUUAUGGCUGCUUUGAGACGGUGCUGUUAGUUGGAUGUUCUAGUUUGGUGUUUAUUAAUAUUAAGUACUACACAUAGAUCUUCAGCCAAUGGGGAAAUAAUUAAGAGACGUUCUCUCAAAUGCUAUCCAGCAUCUCUCUCACAGAUCCCUCUUGUAAAAGCUGCUCUUCCUUUACACAGGUGCUGGAUAUAUUUGAAUAUUAGUUAAGCCACAGGGUUAUCCCCAGAGAGAAGGUGGUCUAAAGCUCACAAGGUUUGCAGGGCCAUUCUCCCUCUGACCUCCUCCCUAUGGGGAGGUGCGAAUGGGAGAAACCAAAAUAAAUGAAAUAGGAAUCUCCCAUUCUGCUUUCUUCCCACCCCCAUGAGGUGGUGGAAACUCAAGGCCGCUCUUUCCAAAGAGGCUCGUAACACACUUGGCACUGUCACAACUCAGGCAGCAACUUCAUGGCUUUAUGACUGCAAAUAUGGGGGGCCCUUUCCCCUUAGGGAAGCCCCAGUCAUUACUCCUGCCACGCGCUAUUGAUCAUACUGCUAAAGCAACAGAUCUUAAUAGUACCCAAGACAGAAGUUCACCCUAACAAAAGAAACAAAAGCAAUAAAUCUAAUAAAAAUGCAGGGGUAAAGGGAUUGCAAGUCUUUUUUCUUUUAGACAGAGGAAAGUGAUGAAAUAAACCUGAGAGUAGGAAUAUUAUAAGAUUGUCAGUGAUCAGUAACACAAAGCGAAGAAACAGACCUGAUGGAGGUACCCCUUUCUGAUCGUGGUUAUAACUGCAGAGUAACCUGGAUAAACCAAAGCCUGUUCAAGAGAACGGUUCUUCCUUCUGGGAAUGAAUUCGAUAGGAGCUCAGGGAUGUAUCAAGGCAAGCACUGGGACCAGUUCCCAAAUGACAAGGCAGCUGUGUUCACCAUGUUCAGGCCAAGGACAGACAGGUGUCCAAACAGCUGGAACGUGGGGGAUACAUGCUGCAGAAAUGAGACUUGUACUGCUUCUUGGCAUACGUUUACUCUGCAUUUCUCCUCAUAGGUUUCUUUCAAACCUUACAGUGAUGAAAAAAGUCGAUACAGGAGACAGAGAGCAAAAAUUAAAGCCAUAACUCAAGCCCGAAAGCCCAUGUGGUGUAGUAGCUAGAGUGAUGGACUAGGAGCUGGAAGACCUGGGAUCUGGAAGACCUGGGUUCGAUUCCCCUCUCUGCCCCAGAAACUCUCUGGGAGGCCUUAGGCCAGUCACAAAAAAACCCUCUCAGCCUAAUAUACCUCACAAGGUUUGCUGUGAGGAAAUAAUGGAGGAGAGGGGAAUGAUGUAAAGCCGCUUUGUGGAGAAAGGCAGGGUAUAAAUGAAGUUUAAAAGAAGUUUUUAAAAAGUAUAUUCAGCUCCGGUCUGGUCCGCCAUUUUGUUCUUGGUGGUAGAAGAUGACGAUGGGACAGCAGAUCUGUUCUUGCUGCCUUCAAAGUAUUUGCUAAUCAUUGAAGGCAGUCGAAUCUCAGAACUGACCAAAACAAACACUGUAAUGUUACCUACACUACAGCCCAGCUUGACUGGAGACAGAGUGUUGACAGGGAGUUGAAACCGAUAAGUCAGAGGCAUCAUUUUCCUGGGGUAUGUCCAUGUUCCCAUUCCAUGUUACCCACUGCUGCCUGCUGCUGCAGGAUAGUUCGUUUUAAAAACGCAUAGCCAGUUUGCCAGAGGUGAUAAUGAGAUGAGCACAAAAAUCAUGGGCAACAUUGCUUCUUCCAUUCCACUUCUGACGCUCUGAAAAUGACAAGGUGCCUGUUUCCAAACUCAGUUACCUGCUAAUAUCCCAGAUUCCUUCUUGGUCCAGUAUUGGGUUUUGAAUUGGCCUGUUCUUACUCAGUUUGCAUUCUUUCCCAUAUGUUUUCCCCUAUCUCCCUUCUUUUGUAUUCAGAUGAAGGCAGCAAGCGGAUGUGACUAGCUCUGCACAAAGAAAGGCUUAACUUUCCUUCUGGUGUUUUAAAAUUGACAUAUUGUAGCUUUGAUCCACCUAUUUGCUGAAACUUUUUAAUGAUAGCUGGGAGCAUGCUAAGCACUUUUAAGUGAUAAGGAGCAGAGAUGGCAAUAUUUAUUCCACCACAGGACAGUUCUUUCUUGGAGGGAAACAUGAAAUUAAACAGAAAACUGCAGAGAGAAGGGGAAAUCCAAAGAGCUUUGAUGCAUGUAGGGGAGAGAAUGAGGAGUCAAUCAGGGGUCCCAAUACGGAUGUUUUGGUGGGCAUAUAUUUCAGUUGAUAAUAAUAGAUUGAACAGGACAAAUGCUUAUCUGCAUUUUGGUUUGUAUAACAUUUUUGAAUCUUAUGGGAACAAAAACCAAUCUAUAGUAUGAAAGACCGCUGUCCAAAAAGACCAAAAGAAAGUGAGAGAGAAAUUAAUAGAACCAAGAAAGCAGAAAUGCCCAAACCACAUUCACAGAAUCAGCCCUCUACAAAUACACAACAAAAUGCUCCAAAAUACAAUUCCAUGGUCGUGUCUGCAACUAAAAGUAUGUUUUCAUAUGUGAAAAUGGAAAGGUACUCCCAAAUGCAAAAUAUGCAUUGUAGAGUUUACAGAUGUGGUGUUGUAUGUAUUUUUUUUAAUUGCUACCUUAUAUUUAGCUCAAGCUAAAGCCAGUGUCUUCCUUGUUUUAAAAAAUGCCACUCAAUGACUUUACAGUAUGACUUGGGUGUUAAAGUUUUACUUAUCUAAAGAAAAGGUUGUAUGCACAUUGCAAGCCACUAUCAACUGUGCUCGAAAGAUUUAAAAAAACUCACCUGGAAAAUACUGCCUAUUUGGCUGGGGGAAUCCCCCUCCCUCUAUAAAAAUAAGACUCUUUUUAAAAAAAAUUAACAGUGAAAAGCUACAGUCUGCUUCAGAUCUUUUAAGACCAAGGGAUCAAUUCAAGCUUUGGCUAAUGGAACACAUCCACAAAAGAGAUUUUCUAACCACCUCCAUUCCCUAACAUCUUCCUGUGCCCCCUCCCCAAGCUGCUAUGUGUAUGGGCAGGUGCAGGAUAUUCCAGACCUAUACACCAUUAGGUUUCGGGGUCUGCAGUAAAAAGGAAGAUUGACUAACAGUUCUUUGAGACUCUUGCAUGAGUCGAAGACACUGGUAACAGAGCAAAAAAUUGAAGGGGGGAGGGAAUUCAAGCCAAUUCACCUCUUCUUACUGCAUCUCCCCAGAAUGCAUGGUAUAUUAGUCUGGAGGGUGCCCUGGCUUUCAUCUGCGUUCUUCAGGAGGGGCACAGAAGACUUCUGGGGGGGGGAAGGGGGCUUCUGCAUUCCUUCUCUUUUUGUGAGUACCUCCUAUCUAAUGUCUAGGCCUAAAGUAGACCGGAAUUCCAUUUGACUUGAAUCUAUCCCCAAACUGCGGAAUAAAGUUAAGUGUGCCCCCCUCCCUUUCACAUUUUAAAAUGAAAAUUCUGGUGUAACAAACCUCAGGUGGGCUCUCUGCACCUUUGUAAGAAAGAGCACAACCUUGUUUCAGAAUGGCACAUUUUUAGCCAAAUGAUAGCUAUAAAAUCAGUGUUUUAAAGUGACCUUUUAUCUUUUUAGAAACGGGGGCGGGGGGAAAAGUACUACUGAUUUUUUUUCAAACAUAGUGCAUGACUGUAAAGUGAUAAAAUUGUAUAUUUUUCAUAAUGUGGGGGAAGGUUCUAUUUGUGCUGCUUUUGGAAAUCAGUAUGAAAUUAUGAUUUCUGUUAAACCUGUGAUUUUAAAGCCCCACUAUAUUUUCUGUAUAUGACUGACAAAUAGAACUGGAAUAAAUUAGAACCUGUGCUCAUGUAUAUAAGCAAUGUCUUUAGAUCUUAGCAUAUGUUUAUACCUUUUAUUGAAUCACUUUUGCUUUUGGAGAGGAUGGGAAGAAAAAAAUGUAAGCAGAUUUUUUGAUAAGUGUGUAAAACCUUCAUUUUGAGAUAUUUUAGUAAAAAUUAAGAGAUUGUGAUAGUGUAUACAUUCAGUUGAAGAA